GUUACUCUUAAGAUUGGGAAGUUAGUCACUAGGAAGGCAUGGGCCAUCCCCAACUGGGCCUCCGCGGCCACAGGGGCUGUUGUGCAGGUGGAACAUGGCUGACUAACUGGUCGACCGUUUGUGCUCCCGCAAGACAAUCAAAACCUGCGGCAUUGCCGCCCCAGCAUCAUAUAUUACUCUCCUUGCGUGUGCCUGGUAUAUCAAUCAUCAACCACGAUAUCUCGAUCGUCCACCAUUCAAUGUUCUAAGCGGAGUCUCGUGUUCUUCCACCCCUCCCCCAAGGUCAACAUGUCCUGUCCUUCGCGAACGGCUGCGUUGUGCCACUACGCCGCCGUUCUGCUUCUUUUCCUUUCCUCCCCAGCCUGCACUUUCUCGCUGGCUGCCACCGGCUACGUGAAGUUGAAUUCGAUCGACCAAGCACCGUCACUUGACUCACGAGAUGCCGUGAAGCCGUUUGCGCUACGAACAAUGCCACUGGGAGCUUCAAUCACUUGGGGCUACAAAUCACCCGAUGGCAAUGGGUAUAGGGAACAAUUGAGGAACAACAUGACCGCCGCCGGAUGGGAGGUUAAUAUGGUCGGCAGCAUGCAUCAUGGGACUAUGCAGGAUGAUGACAACGAGGGCCACGUUGGCUUCCGGGUUGAUCAAAUCGCUGAAAAGGCUGAAUUGACAAUACCACAAAAACCAAACCUUAUCCUGAUCAACGCCGGUACGAACGAUGCUCUCCAGCAUCAUAAUGUCUCGACAACCGGUGAGCGCAUGGACCAACUGCUCGACCGUCUUUACGAAGCCAUUCCAAAUACAACAGUUGUGCUGUCGACCCUACUUCCCAAUAAACGCGUCCCAAUUAGCGCGGCCAAUAUUAGUGCGCAGUAUCGCGACAUCGUCGACCGGCGCCAAAAGGCAAACCAGCGCAUCGUUCUUGCAGAUAUGUCACAAGGGGGCAACGCCCUGUCAAAAUCCGAGCUGGUGGACAAUACUCAUCCAAAUGAAGCCGGAUAUACCAAAAUGGCUGAGAUUUGGUGGGGCGCCAUCCAAGAAGCUGAAUCUAAGGGCUAUUUGUCGGCACCUGCAAAUGUUGAUAACGUAAACGACGCGAACGGUGGCAAAACUAGCAGUGACGAUAAGCUGACCGAGGCGGGAAAAAUCACCAUCGGUAUCGUUGUGCCCUUUGGCGUUAUAACCGUCGGAGUUCUUUCAUUCCUUUUUUACCGCCGAUGGCAACGAAGAAAAGAGAGGAAAGGAGAAACCAAUUCCGUUCUUUCCUGACCUAGCCUUUUCUCUGUUUUAUGUAUACCAUUUUCCUGCAUAGCGUUUCCGUUUGGGUUGAGCCUGAUAUUAUACCCUUCAUUUCCGAAUAUUUCAUAGAGUCAUAGACAACUUUUUGUCAUGGGGGCACAUCUGCAUUUUCUUUUCUGUCUCACUGUAUAUUGGAUUUCUUUUCUGAUGAUCUAAAAUAGAUACUGCAUAAUUCCAUGAUAUUGACAUAGCCAA